UUGAGUUGAAAAUCUAACUUUGAUCGGCGAAAAUGGCGUCCAGAAAGGCAAUAGAUCUGGUGAAGAACGAACUACCCGUGGAUGAGGAGUCGGUGGUGUUUUCCGGUGACCUCCGUACCGGUCUUGUCCUCGUCGAUAUCGUUAACGGCUUCUGUACCGUUGGCGCUGGAAAUCUGGCUCCAAGAGUACCUGAUAAGCAAAUAUCUGGAAUGGUUGAUGAAUCAAUACAACUUGCGAAAGUGUUUUGUGAAAAGAAAUGGCCUGUGUUUGCUUUCCUUGAUUCUCAUCAUCCAGAUGUCCUUGAACCCCCAUAUCCUCCUCACUGUAUAAUCGGGACAGAUGAAUCAAAUUUGGUUCCUGGCUUACAAUGGUUGGAAAACGAGUCGAAUGUGACACUUAGACGAAAAGACUGCAUUGAUGGAUUUCUUGGUUCUUUUGAGAAUGAUGGAUCAAAUGUGUUUGUAGAUUGGGUGAAAACACACCAAAUUGAAGUUAUUGUGGUUGUAGGGAUAUGCACGGAUGUAUGUGUAUUGGAUUUUGUUUGUUCUACACUCUCUGCAAGAAACCGUGGUUAUCUUAAGCCUCUAAAGGAUGUUAUUGUCUAUUCUGGUGGAUGUGCAACUUUUGAUCUUCCACUACAUGUUGCAAAAGACAUCCCCGGUGCUCUUGCUCAUCCUCAGGAACUAAUGCACCAUGUUGGGCUAUACAUGGCAAAAAGCAGGGGAGCUAUUGUGGUGUCAGAAGUGUCAUUUACACCAUCAAAGAAGUGAUCUUCCCAUUCCCAUGUUUAUGAUAUUUAAAAAGCUAUCAGAAUCACAAUUCAUAAAUGAUGUCACUUUUUUUUUUCUUUGUAUAUAUGUUCCAUGUUUUUUAAACUCAGAUACAUUUUUGUACAAUGGUUUUUUAUAUAUUUAUAUGGACAUACAUCCACCUUUCUUUGA